AUGACACUGGCUGAGAAAGUUAAUCUGACUACAGGCACAGGCUUCUUCAUGGGACCCUGCGUUGGACAGACAGGUAGUGUGCCUCGCCUAGGUAUUCCUAACCUGUGCCUCCAAGACAGCCCUCUGAGAAUCCGCAACUCAGACCACAAUACUGCCUUCCCACCUGGUACUACUGUGGGUGCAACAUUCAAUAAAGACCUCAUGUCCGAGCGAGGUGUUGGGCUCGGCGAAGAGGCUCGUGGAAAGGGAGUCAACGUGCUCCUGGGACCAUCCGUGGGGGCACUUGGACGCAAGCCACGCGGCGGAAGGAACUGGGAAGGCUGUCGCCCAACUAUAUGUGGAGCUUCCGUCUAA